GACGAGUGAAAAGCUAACUCAACUUUAAAAAUGUUAAUAAACAAAAUCACUAUGCGAGUGAUGUAGUUCGAGUGUAAUACCUGUAUAUUAUGUGCGUUACAGUGAUAAUUUCUGGUGAAUAAUAUUGAGUUACUCGUAUUAAUAAUCAUUAUUGAAAAUGAUGAAGCUGUGUGCGAGGAAUGUGCACUUCCUACCGGUCACAAUAUGCGUUAUAUUUCCCGUUACAUUCAUUAUAACAUUCCUGAUAGCAGUUCAUGUUGAUGACGUUUUCCCAGGAUUGCCUUACAUCAGUGACACAGGAACGAAUCCUCCAGAGAGCUGCAUUUUCUCACUUCUUUUAAAUUUGUGUGCGGUGCUCCUCGGUGGGUGCAUUUAUGUGAGGCAUCUACAGAUUAUGGAAUUCGCGAGGCUGCACGUGGAGUCAGGCCUGCGCUUGCGCGACAUCCAAGUGGCGACGUUCUUCGGAGGUUUCUCGUGCAUUGGUUUGGCUAUCGUGGCCAACUUUCAAGUCACCAAUGUCAGAAGAGUGCACUAUUUCGGUGCAACCACUUGUCUAUGGGGAGGAACUGUUUACUUCAUUUAUCAGACUGUAUUUUCUUAUAAGAUGGGCCGAGGUGUGAGAAUGAUAUUCAUAUUCUACACAAGAUAUGUGCUAUGUGUCUUCUCCAUACUAUUCAACAUUUCUUUCAUUGUUACUGGAUUCAUGGCUCAUAGCCAGUAUACAGGUGACAAUCCGCGUAAAUGGAAGCCGCACGAGGGAGGUUGGCUGUAUCACGUGAUCAGCUCGAGCUCUGAAUGGAUGCUGGCGUUCACUCACAGUUUUCUGGUUUUCACAUUUCUUCCAGAAUUCAAGAAGGUUCACGUUGAACUGCCUGUGGUACUACUGAAGCCAAAGAUUUUACCGAAAGACGAGCACCAUGAGAGUAGUCGGAUUGAACGUUUUACUAGCAAUGGACAUAUUUACUGUGAUGAUAAAUACUGACAAUUUCA